GGAUGUGCUGCUGGGAGGCGCAAUGGAAUAGGGCGUAAGAGAUUCUCCUCCAUUCAUUUGUUGAGAGAAGGCACGCACACACCUAGAGCGAAAACUCUGUCGACAGUAGUGUGUGGGUGGAGUGCAUUUUUUCCUGCUAUUACUGGGAAAAUUGCCCAGCACGUACAAUUGCAAGCUUGAUAAAGACAAAAAGCAAUCGAAUUCGUGUUCACCACGCUCUUUGCAAAGUCUCAACAGAAGCAUAUUUUAUGCAAGUGAGUGAACUCGACUCUAUACCUCUUUAACAGUUUAUUGUAUGAGUUGGGUUUGGACUAAGCUAAACGCCUCUCCAUUCGAAUCCCAUCCCCGCCGAACUACCGUUAUUUGAUCGAGAGUGCCAAAGUGCUCUGAGGAAAUGUCUAGAAUUUUCCGUGCCGUUAUCAUGGGUCCACCAGGCUCAGGAAAAGGAACCAUCUCUGAGAGAAUUGCGCACACCUUUGGUCUGCAACAUCUGUCCAGUGGUGACUUUUUGCGAGAGAACAUUGCAGCUAGAACUGAGGCUGGUGUGCUGGCCAAGACCUACAUCGAGAAAGGCCUCCUGGUACCAGAUCAUGUAAUGACGCGACUACUGCUACCCAGACUAGAGGAGAUCGCUCGAAGCAGCUGGCUCCUGGAUGGCUUCCCAAGGACAUUGGCCCAGGCCCAGGCCUUGAACAGCGCCUGUGACCUGGACGUGGUCAUCAGUCUCAAUGUGCCCUUUGAGACUCUGAAGGACAGGCUGAGGCAUCGCUGGAUACACCCAGCCAGCGGCCGAGUUUACAACAUGAUAUUCAACCCUCCUCACGUGAAGGGUGUGGACGACAUUACGGGCGAGCCUUUAGUUCAGCAUGAAGACGACAAGCCUGAAGCACUGGUGGCCAGACUCCGGCACUACAAGGACGUAGCCAAGCCAGUGAUAGACCUUUACAAGUCUAAAGGCGUCCUGCAUACAUUCUCCGACACAGACACAGACCAGAUCUGGCCUCACAUCAGCUCCCUGCUCGGCUCCAAGAUCCCAGUACCCACCCCCAGUGCACAGUCCAGCCCAGCGCACUGAUGGACAGAGCAAGGUGACAUGCCAGAGGAGGGCUAGUGAGUAGGGCUCCACUGCUACACUUACAUGUAGGUGUUAGGCCCGGGAUAUGCUUGCUGCACGAUACAUAUGUGCAUGCACAUUUCAUGCACAAAUGCGUUACCAUGUGUAUUUUAUGUCAACUGUCUGUGUGUGUUGGCAUACCUGACACAAGGUAUACGGACAUGUGCGCAUGGUGCUAUAUUGAGGUUGUAGUAGAGUCGAAAAAUGGUGGGAAAUUUACAAUGGUGGUUAAUUAGAGCCCCGUUGGCAAUCUGCCCCCCUAUAUGAUAUCUCCAGUACCACGAUGCAUAGAACUUUGAUACUGUAGGUCUUCAAAACGUAUGUGCAUUCAUUGGCACACGAGUGUGCAUGUAAGUUAAGUGACACAGCAAGCAUAUCCCGGUCCUCAGGUCAACAGCAGUGUCAGAAUGCCAGGAUUCUAAACCAUUUUGUACAUGUUGGAGAUGUCAGCCUCAGAAACUCAAAACCUCGCUGAGUGUUUGAUUAAACCCUUUCCUGAAGCAGCUUUUUUCCCAAAGAGCACACAUAUGAUCUAAUAUGUAGAUCAGCUCUUUCAUGAAGUCACCUGAGUUAAGUACGCAGGCAGUACAAAGGCCCUGUUUGCAUAAUGGAUAUUUUUAUGAAUGCUCCUUUUUUCAUUCAUUUUUAAAAUUUUGUUUAGAAAACAUUAGGAUGAAGAAAACUCUCAAUAUUUUGGAAAAUCUACACUUUUGGGGUCUUUUUUCAAAAUAUCCAUUUGAGGUUGUUAAGUAAGGGAUAAUUGACGACACGGUGUGCGUAUAACAGGAAAAAUAAUGCACACCAGGUGGUGAUGCGGCCACGACGCGAAGCGGAGUGGCCGUUACACCUCGGUGUGCAUUAUUUUUCCUGUUAUACGCACACCGUGAAGUCAAUUAUCCCGCUUAUACCACGGUUGCCACACUGUCUGUAAUUUAUUUGAGGCAUUAUUUCGAUGCUUUAAUUGCUAAAACAAAGGUUUUCUGUAGAACUACUUCCUUCCGCCACAAGAAGGUUCUUUUCAUAACUUUCUGGCGAACUGCCGUUGCUAAUUCUAAAUUGAAGGUUGCUAUGGCCAAGACACCGUUGAUAGUUCUAUCGCAUUCGGUUGUCAAGUCAAGAGCCAGUCGUUAAUUCUAUCGCAUUUGGUUGUCAAGUCAGUCGCCUCAAUGUUCUACCCAUCCGAUAUGUGGGCGCGUCUGACUUGCCCACUAGAUUAUGCUACAGUUGGCAUGAUUCCUACAAAUGUACAGAUCUCAAUGGAUAAAAAAAAACCCUGCGCAUCUUGGCGACAUUCUAAAUGCCUCGCCUCGCCAUUAACUUCAUCAAAACAGGCACCUCGUCAAUCUGCUCUCCUCCCAUAGGAACUCCCUUUGAUUUAUUUUCCACUGCGUUCCCAUAGUUAUUGAUCCGAAAAUAUCCCGUAGGCUACUUUUCACAAGUUACGCUACUCUCUCAACUGAUAAACGCUACAACCACAGGAAACAUCUCCUCUAGUGGGGAAGAAACGCCCACGUGAAACGGGCGUCCCUAACUUUGCGCAGGGAAUCUCUCCCUCUCUCCCUCUCUCUCCCUCUCUCUCUCCUCUCUCUCUCUAUCACAAAGUUGACAGAGUGAUGGUCAGUUGGGAGAAAUAAACAUUUUUGUCAUUUGAUUAGGCCUACUAAGAUUUACACCAGAUUCACUAUACAUUGCUGGUGUUUCCAGACGCGCGAUGCGACAUGUGUCAAUUCAGCGCGUAAUGCUUGCAACUUUUUUGUGUGUAAUUUAUGAACGUGCGUGCCUUGGCGCAUUUAUACACUGGAGUUAUGCGGUCAGAAAAGUGACCUAAUAGUGGGACUACUUCAGGUGUUCAUAUAUAGACAGUUAAUCAACACCCAAUUUAGUGCGUCACAAUGGGAGAUUCCAGACUUCCGUGGUAUAAAACUUACUUAACAUGUAAAUGCAAAAAAAGGUUUGUAAAUGUAUCCACAUAUGGCUAAGCAGGCCUGAAAUACAUGGCAGGUUGUUUUACCUCCGAAUAGUUGUUUGAGUUCAUGAAGUGCUUUCAUCAGGAUUUAUUGUCUGUAAAUAAGGCAUGUUGAUCCAGGUAGAAUAAAAAGGUCACUGAUUCUUUUGUUGUGAUGCAGCAUUGUUGUGACUUGUGAUGUUUCGUUUUGCAGAUUUGUAAAGGUAUGGUCAUGAUUUCUCAAUUUCUUCUUAUCUACACAAUACACUUGACUGUAUGUUGUCAUUUAUCUAUUUUUUCCUCUACACCUUAUUUCUUUCUAAAAUGAGCACAAAAGGCAAGUUAUUUUUAUACCAGUAAGACACAUGAAUGGUAUUGUAAAAGAUUUGUUCCACAUUAAUGUUUUUUGUUUCUCGUGUGCAGCUCUUUUUGCCUGAUGAAAGUGCACAAAAUGACGUAGUCUGCACAAAGAACAUACUAUAUGUAAUUGUUUUGUUGCUAGGACCAAUGAUCUGUAUGAGGUGUUAGACCAGGGAAAAGGCGUACCAUUUCACUCCUCUGUGGUAGACAAGAGAGAUGUGCAAUAUCAACCAUUUCACAUUUAACUAGGGAUAGUCAAUUUCAGCUUGGAUGCAUAUCCGUGGUAAAGCCAAUUAUUUUUUUUUGUGUGUUAUGUAGUCACACUGUAUUAGGUCAUUUUUGUCCUCUGAUUAGAUAUUCUUGUGUUCCAAAAGGUUUCAGAUUCAUAAGAGUCACAUAUGACUGAAAGUAGUUACAGAAAUAUGUUGAUGCUAUAACUUUUUUACAGAGUUCAAACUGUCACUAAUGAUUUCUGGAAUCCCGAAUCAGAGGUUAUGUUUUUUUUUGUUUUCUUUUGUUUGUCUUUAUUUUUAUUUUUAUACAUUCCACCAAGGCCUCGACAGUAUGUCUAGCUGUGUGGACCAUCUACACUCGAUUUGUUCUUGAUAUUUUCGUUGUUUGCCACACAAUUUUGUAUCAGCCUUUUCAAAGAACAUUCCAGUAAAUGAAGAUGACAUAUACUGUAUGUCGACAAGAACAUUAUACAAACUCUAAUAAAUGUAUAAAUUGGAUUUGUGAAGACUGACAAAUGUCUUGACUGUGUAUCAAUGGGCUUCGUUUUCAUUGAAAAGAUGGCUUAACCAUGUUGUGCUAAUUACUGUAUGUGUCCUGUUGUAUGCUGUCAGGAAAAUCUGAAGUUGAAGGGGACUGGAAAACACCGGCCAGAGGCAUGACAUCUUGUCAUAAAAUGACUAUAGGGAAAUAAACUAGUUAGGAAACAUGUUAAGACAGGCAGAUGUUAGAUACCAAAUGCUAUCAUGCAUAUAGAAACUUGUAUUAACUACGCUUCAAAUGCUGUUAUUAGCUGUAAAUCUUAGCUGUGUUAGCUGUGACCAAAUCCAAAAUUCCAUCAUUCAUUCACUCAUUACACUGUGUGUUAUGCGCUGAAGUUACACAAAGUUGGGGGGGGGUAUUUCAAGAACCUGGCUCAGUUGUAUACCAGGUGAAGUUCACCUUAAAGUGGUGACCAUUCAAUUGAAGAGCUUGCAUCCCUCAAUUUCUUAUAGGUACACUGUGUAAUAUUUUAUGCAGUUUUCUUUUCAGACUUCAUGCUAUCCAUUCACAAACGUUACCUUCAUCAUGAAUACUCAACAUCACCUGUCUUUGUUAUACUUUGCUCAUACUAGUAAAUGAUAGUUUAUUAUGUUGUGAAUAUUCAUGAAAAUAUCAAAUAGUACUGGCAAUUACUAUAUAUAUAACACCGUUUUAAAGAGCAGCAUAGUUUCUAUUAUUUGAAAAAAGGUUUGCACACUUCAAAAUGUAUAGCACAACAUUUUUUUGUGCUAUACUAUUUUUCUGCUUCCGAAUCUGAGGAAGACCGAGAGGUCGAAACGUCAUUGCCAAUGAAUGAAUAAAUAAAAAGAAGAAAAAAUAACUUCAAGAAGAAAAAUCCAAAGAAGUGUGCGAACCUUUUUUCAAAUAAUACAUAAUUUUCUUGUUCAGCACCAGGGAUUGUGCACAGGUAACUCUCUACAACAGCAUAGUUUCUAUACCUACUCUGGCCACCAUCUUACACAGUGCACCUUUAAAUAAAGGACACCUGUAUCAUAAGCUAUUAGCAGGUUUACCUCUUCCACGCUUUUGGAAUAGGCCCUUGUGGGUCAUUGUAUGAAAUUGGCUAGUCUCAAAGAAAAUACAUUUUUAUU